GGUCCGGAGAAGAGUGCGCUGUAACAAUGGCGCUUAAGGCGGGAAGCGUUUCGGCUUCUCGUACCGUAACCGUUCAGUGUCCCGUUUGCUCGGGCGAUUUUGGUGUUUCGGACAUCAACGCUCACCUGGACGUGUGCCUGCUCGGCGGUGGCCGAAGGAGCGGAGCGCCGGCUACUCAGCCUCAGGACGACACCAGAACUGAGAGCAAACCGCCCUGCAAGAAAGCCCGAGUUUCGGGCGAAAGUUCAAGUGGCCGUGCCUCGGAGAGCGGGACUUGUCCGGCGCCUGUGUUCACCAUGUUUCACCGCACCAAGCUGUCCGAGCAGGAGCGCGCGCCACCACACUUCCCCGCGAAGCGGACCCCGCCGGAGGAGCCGGAUCCCGGGGUGACCGGAGCGUCCGACCAGGCCGGGCCGCCCACGAAGUCUCUCCGCGCUCUGCUGGACUGCGGCAAGCCGCUAGCGGAGGUCCUGCGGCCGAGCUCGCUGGAUGAGUACUUCGGCCAGAGCCGCGUGCUGGGCGAGCAGAGCCUUCUCCGCACGCUACUGCACGCGCACGACGUACCAUCGCUCAUCCUGUGGGGGCCGCCUGGCUGCGGCAAGACAACCCUAGCCCACAUUAUUGCCAGGAACAGUAAGAAGAAUGGCACCACGCGCUUUGUCACGCUCUCUGCCACCAGUACUUCCACCAGCGAAGUGCGAGAGGUUAUCAAACAGGCCCAGAAUGAGCUGCGGCUUUGCAAGAGGAAGACCAUCCUCUUCAUUGACGAGAUCCAUCGCUUUAACAAGUCUCAACAGGAUACUUUCCUCCCUCACGUGGAGUGCGGCACAGUCACUUUGAUCGGCGCCACCACAGAGAACCCUUCGUUCCAGGUGAAUGCGGCGCUGCUGAGCCGCUGCCGAGUCCUGGUGUUGGAGCGACUUUCCGUGGAGGCGAUGGGCGCGGUGCUGAGGCGGGCCGUGGCCGCCCUGGGACUGAGCGUGCUGGGAGUGCAAGAGACAGAUAGGCAGAACUACGAUGCAGGGUCCACGGCUCGAACUGUUGAGUCUGAACCUAAGGUGUACAUUGAACAGAAGGCCUUGGAUACCAUCGCCCACCUGUGUGAUGGAGACGCCCGUGCAGGCCUCAAUGGGCUCCAGCUGGCCAUUCAGGCCAGGAUCAGCGCUACCAAGCUGGCAAGGCCAGGAGCGGAUGGCAAGACCAAGGAUAUCCUGGUGCAGGAGGAGCACGUCAAAGAGGGGCUGCAAAGGUCCCACAUACUCUAUGACAAAGCAGGUGAAGAACACUACAACUGCAUUUCGGCUCUGCACAAGUCUAUGAGGGGCUCCCACGAAAACGCUGCCCUGUACUGGCUGGGCCGCAUGCUGGAGGGAGGGGAGGACCCCUUGUAUGUGGCCAGGAGGCUGGUGAGGUUCGCCAGCGAGGACGUGGGCCUGGCUGACCCAAGUGCCCUCCCCCAGGCGGUUUCGGCAUUCCAGGCAUGCCACUUUAUUGGCAUGCCAGAGUGUGAGGUGAUCCUGGCGCAGUGUGUGGUGUACCUGGCCCGAGCACCCAAGUCAGUGGAGGUGUACAUGGCCUAUAACAAUGUGAAGAGCUGCCUGAGGAACCAUCAGGGACCCCUGCCGCCAGUGCCCCUGCACCUCCGCAACGCCCCCACUAGGCUGAUGAAGGAGUUGGGAUACGCCAAGGGCUAUAAGUACAAUCCAGCAUUCCGUGAGCCCGUGCAACAGGACUACCUGCCAGAGGAGCUGAAGGGGAUGAACUUUUUUACCUGGAAACCCUCUGCCUCCAAAUCAGGGCCCUGAUGUUUAUCUUGUUGAGCACUUCUAAAGAGAACAUGAGUAAACCUGAACUCGUCACGAAUGCAGUUCCAGUCAGAUGGGGCUCUUGCUGCCUCUAACUGCCUGUAAAUUGAGUCCAUAUGUUUUUCGGUGUGUAGGAGAAUGGAGUUUCUUUUUCUGUGUGGUUCUGACUGAACGGAAUCAUGGAUAAUAAUGGAAAGAAGGACCAGAAAAGCUCUGUAAAAAGAAAUACCUGUGCACUUUAAUAGUAUUAAUAAUAAAUGUGUUCUUUUCCUUUCAUUUAUGCACAUUUUAAUUUGU